CGUAUGGCGGGGGGUUUUCUUCUUUCGCCACUGCGAUAUCGCCGCAGCUGACAAAGCGAUGGAACCAACUGCGCUGUGCCCUUGCGACUAUCUUUUUUCUUUAUCAUCACUGUGAUGUGCGAUCUAAUUUUAAACUCUUGAAAGAGAUUUUGAUUAACUUUCACCACUCACUUCCAAGCAGUCGAGAAUACCUCCCACGCUCUGGCGCCACAGAGAUACCCCUGGAGGGGCUUGGAAUAGUGCUCCGAACGUCCAAACCAGCGAACCUAAAGAGAAGAAAGACUCCGAGUAUUCGCCAUGAGUGCGAUCUUGUCCGCAGAUGACCUGAACGAUUUCAUAUCUCCAGGUGUCGCCUGUAUUAAGCCCGUCGAAACGCUUCCGCAGAAAUCGGCUCAGAGUUCCGAGAACCCCUACGAGGUGACGACGGAGGACAAAGUGCAGCCGGAAAACGCCCCUCCAGCUCAGAUAUCGUUAACCGACUGCCUGGCAUGCUCUGGCUGCGUUACCUCUGCUGAGGCGGUCUUAAUCUCGCUCCAGUCGCAUACGGAAGUCUUGAACGCCCUCGAUACUUAUCCCGAGGAAGAUCUAUCGCACCAUACGGAUGAAGGCACGUCAUUGGAAAAUGGAACGCACAAUGGAGGCAAGAAGAUAUUUGUCGCUAGUGUUAGCCCGCAGGUCCGAUCCGGUCUCGCCGCCACCUACGGGAUUUCUGAACGGGAAGCCUCUUUCAUGAUCGAUCAGUUUCUGAGAGGUCCUCAAGGGCUGCGAGCCGGUGGAAAGCAUGGCAGUGGUUUUACCUGGGUGGUGGACACUAACGCGAUUCGCGAGGCUGUGCUGGUGCUUUCGGCGGAUGAGGUUGCAGAGUCGUUGAACACCUCGGAACUGGGAGCAGGCGAUUCCCCCAAACGCCCUAUCUUGUCAUCCGCGUGCCCCGGCUGGAUAUGUUAUGCUGAAAAGACGCACCCUUUUAUUCUUCCCCAUCUUUCACGCUUGAAGUCACCUCAGGCGUUGACGGGUACUUUCCUGAAAACUGUCCUUAGCAAGGCAUAUGGCGUUUCGCCAUCUCAGAUAUGGCACUUAGCCAUAAUGCCAUGCUUUGACAAGAAGCUCGAAGCCAGUCGUGCGGAGCUCACGGACGCCUCAUGGAGAGGAUUCGAUGACCCUAUGCAGCAUAUACCUGUUCGUGACGUCGACUGUGUCAUCACUACCCGUGAGCUUCUGUCAUUGGCUUCAUCAAGAGGCAUUGUCCUUUCGAAAUUACCAUUGAAGGCACCGCCGUCGAAUUUCACCCCCAGUUUUCCCGAAAAAACCUUGAACUCAUUCCUUUUCUCGGGUAAUUUCCAGUCCCGACAGACGCUUGCAUCAGGAACAUCCGGCGGCUAUCUCUACUAUGUCCUUUUGAGCUUUCAGUCACGACACCCGAACAGCGAGAUAGUCAUUCAACGUGGACGCAAUGCGGAUGUUGUUGAAUAUCAAGUUGUAUCCCCAACAGGUGAAGUCUUACUCAAGGCUGCUCGGUACUACGGUUUCAGGAACAUCCAGAACCUGGUCCGGAAGCUAAAGCCUGCACGGAUAUCAAGACUUCCGGGUGGUCGGAAUGGACCUGCUGCCUCUGGAGCCAGCCGAAGACUUCCAGCAGCACGAGCUGGCGGUUCGUCAACCGGAUCAGCAAACGACUACGCCUAUGUUGAGGUCAUGGCCUGCCCAGGUGGUUGCACAAAUGGUGGCGGACAGAUUCGCAUUGAAGAUGCUAAACAGAUCACAGCAGAUCCAUCCACGGAUACUGUUUUAGAUGGUGCUUCUGGUGAAACAAACAAAGCAUCACCACACGAGCAACGGGCCUGGCUUGCCCGUAUCGAUGAGGCAUAUUAUUCCGCUGAGUCUGAUACAGACAAUCCCCCGGGAAAGACACUGCCGAUUCAAGAUAAAGAGGCUCAAGUUCGCCAGAGCCUGCAAUACUGGGCUAAUUAUCUAGACAUUCCUCUCCCAAAGCUUGUCUAUACUACCUAUCGCGAGGUAGAAAGCGACGUUGGCAAGCCAAAGGACGUGGGUGCUGAUACUGCUCGAGUCGUUGAGCUUGCCGGAAAGAUCGGCGGCGGUUGGUAAUGCCAUCUAUGUUUAUGGUAUUGAUGAGGUUUUCACCUUUCUCUGCAUUUCUUUUAAUGAUACCAAUUUUCUAUCCUGCUGGAAUCUACUAUUUGCAUACUAGCCAGGCAAGGUCAUGGAGUUCUGUCGAAUUCGGAUGUUAUUCUUUGCUCUUUGAUGUUUAGAUGUGACAAGACACAGGCUAGCUAUAGAAAUUUAUAUAAUAUAUAUAAGAGGCU